CAAGUCAACUUCUCAAAAUGAGCUUCAAAUUGUUUGCCACAAUUUUCACAAUUUUUAUUAGUAUUUAUGCGGUUAUUGCGGCAGACGAAACACCUAGCCCUAGCACAGUCAUCACCGUUCCUACUGCGGCUCCUUCCACAGGAUCUCCAGUAGAUCCUGCUUCUUUAACUACUCCAACAUUGAAUGCAACCGUUGGAUCAUCGACUUCGGUAACUGCUUUUCCACAAACAAAUGCAACAACAGUGAUUCCCGCGCAAAACAGUUCUUCUGACACUACGCCAGUGUCAGCAGUAACAUCAACUAUUGCUACGACUACAGCAUCAGCCUAUGGAGUCAGUGUGUUUUUCUCGAUGGUACCAAUUGCUGCUACUCUACUCAUCUAAUUUUUUAUGUACUGGUUGAUUUAAAUUUUUUAAAUAUUCUUUUAUACACAUAUCUUUCAAUAAAUGUGUAUUUGCAUC